CGGCGCUUCUUUCACAGGCGGAGUGGUGCGGCGCGAGAGGGGUACUCCGGCAAGCUAUUACCGCUGUUACCGGGUCGCGGAGGGAUACCAGCGCCCAACAGGGGAGUGGUGGGGCUCGCGAGUUAGUGACGCCGGUCCUUUCAGGCGAGUGUUACAUCCCCGCGUGAUGCUCCGCUUGAGACCGCGACGUUUCUUUUAAAACAAGGCACGCAAACCGCGACUGGCGUGGUCGUAGACGGUUUUUUUUUCUCGCCAAGCUUAAUUCGCGUGAACCAGUUACGGAAGGGCAACCUUUUCGGUGACGCAUUCACCUUAAGCCUCUAUUGCAUUCCCCCUUGAAGACGUGUCGUACCACCAUUUUAUCUAUCUACCCUCCUCCUCCCCUCCCCCCUCUUCCUGUUCACCACAAGACGUUGUAACGCCGUUCCAUCUGAGAGGGCACACCUCUCAAACCGUGCAUCACCUGCGAAGAGGACAAGAGUGACUGCGCCAACAUGGGGUAUGGCCGGUCAGACAGUUACCGCGUUGCCACCACACAGGACAAAGAUGACCGAUCCCCCAAGAAGAAGAAAGGGGGGGCGACGGGAACCAAGGACAUGGAUGACCUGAAGAAGGAAGUGCCCAUUACAGAACACAAGAUGUCCGUAGAGGAGGUAUGCAGGAAAUUCCAGACGGAUAUUGUCCAGGGGCUGACCAAUGCCAAGGCAGCAGAGUUUCUGCUCAGGGAUGGCCCCAACGCACUCACCCCGCCUCCUACCACCCCAGAGUGGGUCAAGUUCUGUCGCCAACUCUUCGGCGGUUUCUCCAUCCUGUUGUGGAUCGGCGCCAUCCUCUGCUUCCUAGCCUACGCCAUCCAGGCCGCCACCGAAGACGACCCCGCCGGAGACAACUUGUACCUAGGUAUCGUGCUCACAGCCGUCGUCGUCAUUACCGGUUGCUUCUCGUAUUUCCAAGAAGCCAAGAGCUCCAAAAUCAUGGAGUCUUUCAAGAACAUGGUGCCCCAGCAAGCACUGGUGAUCCGAGAGGGCGAGAAGGUACAGAUUAAUGCAGAAGAAGUGGUGGGCGGAGAUCUGAUCGAAGUGAAGGGAGGAGACAGGAUCCCCGCCGACAUCCGAGUGGUAUCAGCACAUGGCUGCAAGGUGGAUAACUCCUCCCUAACAGGCGAAUCAGAGCCUCAGAGCAGGUCACCCGACUGUACCCAUGACAACCCCUUGGAGACCCGAAAUGUGGCCUUCUUCUCCACCAACUGCGUGGAAGGCACAGCGCGUGGCAUCGUUAUCUGCACUGGAGACCGCACAGUCAUGGGUCGCAUCGCUACCCUGACCUCCGGCCUGGAGACGGGCAAGACCCCCAUCGCCAAGGAGAUUGAGCACUUCAUCCAAAUCAUUACCGGCGUGGCCGUCUUCUUGGGUGUCACCUUCUUCGUCCUGGCCCUCAUCCUGGGCUACUCUUGGCUGGAGGCUGUCAUCUUCCUCAUCGGUAUCAUUGUCGCCAACGUGCCUGAAGGCCUGCUGGCCACUGUCACUGUCUGUCUGACCCUGACUGCCAAGCGGAUGGCGAAGAAGAACUGCCUGGUGAAGAACUUGGAGGCUGUGGAGACACUAGGAUCCACCUCCACCAUCUGCUCCGACAAGACAGGCACACUGACCCAGAACAGGAUGACCGUGGCUCAUAUGUGGUUCGACAACCAGAUCCAUGAGGCUGACACCACAGAGGACCAGUCUGGCGCGUCAUUUGACAAAAGCUCAGUGACAUGGCAAUCACUGGCCCGCGUCGCCGCUCUGUGCAACCGUGCUCAGUUCAAGGCGGGACAGGACUCUGUGGCCAUCCUCAAGCGCGACGUGGCAGGCGACGCCUCCGAGUCGGCCCUGCUCAAGUGCAUCGAGCUGUCCUGCGGCUCGGUCAGGAUGAUGCGGGAGAGGAACAAGAAGGUGGCCGAGAUCCCCUUCAACUCCACCAACAAAUACCAACUCUCCGUGCACGAGACGGAGGACCCCAACGACAACCGCUAUUUGCUGGUGAUGAAGGGAGCCCCCGAGAGGAUCCUGGAUCGCUGCUCCACCAUCCUGAUGCAGGGUAAAGAGCAGCCCAUGGAUGAGGAGAUGAAAGAGGCCUUCCAAAACGCCUACAUGGAGCUGGGAGGACUGGGAGAGAGAGUGUUGGGUUUUUGCCACGUAAUGUUGCCAGAGGACCAGUACCCAAAGGGCUUCGCCUUCGACACGGAUGACGUCAACUUCCAGACGGACAACCUUUGCUUCGUUGGCCUCAUGUCCAUGAUUGACCCUCCCCGCGCAGCUGUGCCUGACGCCGUGGGCAAGUGUCGAUCUGCCGGGAUCAAGGUCAUUAUGGUCACUGGAGAUCAUCCAAUCACAGCCAAGGCCAUCGCCAAGGGAGUGGGCAUCAUCUCUGAAGGCAACGAGACGGUGGAGGACAUCGCCGCUCGUCUCAACAUCCCCGUCAGCCAAGUCAACCCCAGGGAUGCCAAGGCUUGCGUUAUCCAUGGCACUGACCUGAAGGAUCUCUCUCAAGAUCAGAUGGACGACAUCUUGAGGAACCACACUGAGAUUGUCUUUGCCAGAACCUCCCCUCAGCAGAAACUGAUCAUUGUAGAGGGCUGCCAGAGACAGGGUGCCAUUGUGGCUGUGACAGGCGACGGCGUGAACGACUCUCCUGCCCUGAAGAAGGCCGACAUCGGCGUCGCCAUGGGAAUCUCCGGCUCAGACGUGUCCAAACAAGCCGCAGACAUGAUCUUGCUGGAUGACAACUUCGCCUCCAUCGUCACUGGAGUGGAAGAAGGUCGCUUGAUCUUUGAUAACCUGAAGAAGUCCAUCGCCUACACGUUGACCAGCAACAUUCCAGAGAUCACGCCCUUCCUCCUGUUCAUCAUCGUCAACAUCCCCCUGCCACUGGGCACCAUCACCAUCCUUUGCAUUGACCUGGGAACUGACAUGGUGCCCGCUAUCUCGCUGGCCUACGAAGCGGCGGAGAGCGACAUCAUGAAGCGUCAGCCCAGGAACCCAUUCAGGGACAAGUUGGUGAAUGAGCGCCUCAUCAGCAUCGCCUACGGACAAAUUGGUAUGAUCCAGGCCCUGGGCGGCUUCUUCGCCUACUUUGUCAUCUUGGCAGAAAAUGGCUUCCUGCCCAGUCGACUGGUGGGCAUUCGCCUGGACUGGGACGACCGCGCCUGCAACGACUUAGAGGACAGCUACGGACAACAAUGGACGUACGAGCAGAGGAAGAUUGUGGAGUUCACGUGCCACACGGCCUUCUUCGUCAGUAUCGUGGUGGUGCAGUGGGCCGACGUUAUCAUCUGCAAGACCAGACGCAACUCCGUCUUCCAGCAGGGCAUGAAGAACAAGAUCUUGAUCUUUGGCCUGUUUGAAGAGACGGCCCUGGCUGCCUUCCUGUCCUACUGCCCGGGCAUGGAUGUGGCCCUCAGGAUGUAUCCUCUCAAGCCUUCCUGGUGGUUCUGCGCAUUCCCUUACAGUUUCCUCAUCUUCGUUUAUGAUGAAAUUCGAAAGCUCCUCAUCCGCCGGAACCCUGGAGGUUGGGUGGAGAAGGAGACGUAUUAUUGAUCGUCGGAGAGCAUCUUGUUGCUCAUCACCCUCGCCCCUCUCCCCCUUCCAAACCCCCUCCCCCUCCCCUUCAUCCCUCAUCUUCUUCAAUUUACCGUCCCUCCUACUCCCCCCUUUGCCUCCCGCUCCCCCAUUCAAGACAAAAAAAGAAACGCUUCGAAGCAAUUUUCAUCCCAACUGCCCCAAAGAUUCAAAACAGCAAAAUCACCUUUACAACUUUCUACAUCCACUCCCUCCCCCACACUCUCUCCCUCUCCCCCCUUCACCGUUUCUUCCCAUAUGAUAGUCUUUGCAUGUGUUCUUUCACUGCUGUGUACAUAAACCCGUAUAAUAAUAAUAAUAUCUACCAAACGGCAGCUGCAUAUUGUCUUAUGUAGAUUCCAAGGAGCCGACUCGGCUGAAAAAGGGCCACCCUGCUGCCCCCACCCAAACCUCACCCGCCCUUUCCCCAUCCCCUCCAUCCCCCCCUCACACACACAAAUAGCCAUCACACUGACUGACUCCCACCUGCACCACAGUGUUGUUGUUGUCUUUCUUUCUUUUAAGAUGUCAGGUCGGGGGACUGAUUUACAGAUUUUUUGGGGAUUUUUUUUUUUUUAACGGUGGUGUGGGGGGCACACCAAGGCAUCCCACAUCCCCCCUCUGGUAUCUCUCCCCCCAACUGUUUUGUCUCGUUUGUGUACACUGUGUGACAGCAUUGUUGUUAUUACUGACACCCCCCCUUACAUCAACAAUCUUUCUGUGUGCUCUAGGAACUCUAUAUAAUUCUAUACUGAAUUUAAAAUGACACCCAUACAAUAAGGGAAAAAAUAUAUAUAUAAGAAGAAAAGAAGCCGUUUUUUCCCAGUUCUUUUGGGCCCCGUUCUGUUUCAAAAUGGACACCACUCGAGUAAGUGUGUGGGCUUCAUGAUGUGUGAGGAUGAUGAUGGUCCACGUGUGUGUGCAUGUAUGCGUCUCAGGCUGGCGGCUUCAAGGUUGACGUUCAAGACAAUUAAGAGAAUACAAACAAAGUGUACUAGUAAGAACGCGUGUCAAAUAAAGGAAAGCAACACCAAUAAAACAUCUAGAAACAUUUAAUACAA